UCAACGAGUGGCAGGCCGCCUGGAACGUCACCAACGCCAUACAGGGAAUGUUCAUCGUGUCACUACCAUUCGCAGUGCUCCGUGGUGGCUACUGGGCAAUUGUUGCCAUGAUAGGCAUCGCAUAUAUCUGCUGCUACACGGGCAAGAUCCUGGUGGACUGCCUAUACGAGGACGGGGUGCGCGUGCGGGACUCCUACGUCUCAAUCGCGAGUGAGUGCUUCGGGCCCAAGUGGGGGGCACGAGCUGUCAAUGUGGCACAGAUCAUCGAGCUGCUGAUGACAUGCAUCCUGUAUGUGGUGGUCUGCGGCGACCUUAUGGUGGGCACCUUUCCAGAGGGUGCCAUCGACACGCGUAGCUGGAUGAUGCUGAUCGGCAUACUGCUCGUGCCGCUCGGCUUCCUCAAGUCACUGCACCACGUCUCCAUGCUCAGCUUCUGGUGCACUAUGUCCCAUCUUGUUAUCAAUGCCGUCAUUCUCGGUUACUGCCUGCUGUACAUCGGAGACUGGGGAUGGUCCAAGGUCAAGUGGAGCAUUGACUUUGAAAACUUCCCCAUCUCCCUGGGUGUCAUCGUGUUCAGUUACACGUCACAGAUCUUCCUGCCAACACUCGAGGGCAGCCUCAUAGACCCCUCCAAGUUCAACUGGAUGCUCAACUGGAGCCAUAUUGCUGCUGCCAUCUUCAAGUCCCUGUUUGGUUAUGUGUGCUUUCUGACCUUCCAGAAUAAUACGCAGCAGGUCAUCACCAAUAACUUGCAUUCCCAGGGCUUCAAGGGCUUUGUUAACUUCUUCUUGGUGGUGAAAGCAGUGCUAUCUUACCCACUGCCAUACUAUGCUGCUUGUGAGCUCCUGGAACGUGCCUUCUUCCGUGGCCGACCCGAGACUCUGUUCCCGACCGUCUGGGCACUUGAUGGUGAGCUCAAGGUUUGGGGCUUGGCCUUCCGUGUUGGUGUUGUCACCUUCACUAUUCUUAUGGCCAUCUCCAUUCCACACUUUGCCAUACUAAUGGGUUUCAUUGGCAGCUUCACAGGCACGAUGUUGUCUUUCAUCUGGCCAUGCUACUUCCAUCUGAAACUGAAGAGGCCGAUGCUGGACUGGGGUACAGUUGCCUAUGACUGCUUUGUUAUUUUCCUUGGGGUCCUCUUUGGUAUUAUUGGAGUAUAUGAUUCUGGCUCUGCUCUCAUCAAGGCCUUUGAAAUAGGCCUGCCAUUCUGAAGUUGUAGUGAGUCUGUCAGUAGCCAGCUAAAUGUGGUCUGCCGAAAAUAU